AUGAAAAUUAAAGUUAGUUAUAUUAAUUUCAUAUUGCAAUACAAUGCAUUGAAUAAAAUCGAAAAUGAGAAUGAAACCGAUAUUUGUUUACAUCGUUUAUUAUAUUUGUUUGCAUCGAUUAUUAUAUUUUUGUAUAUAGAUAUUAAUAUAACGAUUAAUUCAGGUGUUUCUUUCUAUUGUCAAGUUGGAGCAAUUAGACUGUCGGAUAAUACGAAAACAAAACAAUUCAAUGCCAUUCGUUCAAAGUUUAUAAACUGUACUAGUGCCGAUCGGGGAUCUCUCUUUUUUGAUGCAGGUUCUAUCCAUAUGGAUAAUUGUGCAUUCGAGAACAAUACAACAUAUAUAGGAGGUGCCUUAUACACCAAAUGGGUAUAUGCCGAUAUUAGCAACUCUAUUUUCAUUUCCAAUAUUGCAAAUAUUGAUGGUGGAGGACUUAUGUUCAUCUCAAAAAGAACACGUCGUAAAAUCAAUUGA